GGUGCCGGUGGAAAGGAAAGAAACCACUCGAGUCCAAACCGGCGCAGCACGCAUCGCACCGCAUGGGCCGCGCACCGCUCCCACGUUACCCAUCCUGAGCCCUGACUGACUCACUGCCGCCCCGGAAUUUCGCGUCCGCCGCGCGUGCCGACGCCCGAAGCCCCCCGAACCCUCCCCGAAGCCAAGCACCCGCCGCGCCGGAAAGCAAACCCCCCUCGUCCGGCGGCGGCGGUGCAGUGCGCCGUCCGAGGCUCUCCGGCCGCCGGCUGCGGGUGCGGGGCCCACGGACAUGGCGGGGGCCGCGCGGGGCCGGCGGUGCCGGGGCGCGGUGCUGCUGCUGCUCGUCGCGUCCGUGCUCGCGCCCCUCGUGCUCUACGGCCGCUCCCCCGUCCCGUACCUCCCGGACUCCACCGUGGCGAGGGGCGCGUUCGAUCGGGGCGACGGGUCCGGCUCCAAUCUGGUGUGGCCGCAAAUGGCCGCGUCCGAGGUUUCUCUCGCCAAAGAUUUGACAAUUGAGAGGCUAGGGGAGCACAAGAACCGGGUGCUGUCGGCGACUGACGACUGGCAAGCAGUUGAGGUAGCCAGGAGCCAUCCAUCAGAAAAGAAAAUUGAUACCUGGGAGGACCCUGUGUCGCGAGAUGCUGAUCAGGUGGUUGCUGUGGGAAAUGACAGUGCUCAGUCUACACAGGAUGGCAUGAUAAAGGAAGUUGUUAGCACCGACGGACGAGCAGAUGGAUUUCGUGAUCCCGGCGAUAGCAGGGUAGCUGAAGAGCAGGACGGACAAGGGAUGGAUGAAAAAGAGUUGCAGGAUGCAACUGAGCUAGAGCACAAAGAUGGAUCUGGCGCAUCUGAGAAUAACAUUGCUGGAACAGAUACUGCUGGAAAUCUGACAUCGUCUUUGAAUAAGGAAAGCAUUGCUGAUACAUCAUCUGAUCAAACUACACAUGCUAGUGCCAAUGCUGAUCUCGCCACAUUAGUGAGUAGCACUGAUCAUUCCGCAACUUCCCCAGAUGCUACAAUCCGCAUCAUCAAGGAUCAAUUGAUAAGAGCAAAGACAUAUCUUGGUGUUCUAGCUUCUAGAGGAAAUCAUGGUACCGCCAAGGAGUUACGUGCACGAAUGAAGGAUAUCCAACGAGCACUUGGUGGUGCAACCGAUGAUGGGAUGCUUCCUCAGAAUGUCCAUGGCAAAAUAAAAGCGAUGGAGCAGACGCUGGGUAGGAUCAAGAGAAUGCAUGAUGGUUGCUCAGGUGCUGUGAACAGGCUCCGUACAAGCCUUCACUCAACAGAGGAGCGUCUUCAAUCUCACAGAAAAGAUGCCAACUAUCUAGCUCAACUAGCAGCAAAAUCUUUACCCAAAGGACUCCAUUGUCUCCCAUUGCGGCUUACAAAUGAAUAUUAUUCCAGCAACUCCAACAAUAAGGAUUUUCCAAAUACGGAAAAGUUGGAAGACCCUCAACUCCAUCACUAUGCUGUUUUCUCAGAUAAUGUAUUGGCUGCUGCAGUGGUUGUGAACUCCACUCUUGUUCAUGCUAAGAAACCAGCAAACCAUGUCUUCCACAUUGUGACAGAUAGGCUUAACUACGCUGCAAUGAAGAUGUGGUUCUUGGCUAAUCCCUUGGGUGAAGCUGCGGUUCAGGUUCAGAACAUUGAAGAGUUUACCUGGCUGAACUCAAGCUACAGCCCAGUUCUGAAGCAGUUGGAAUCCAGUUCGAUGAUUGAUUACUAUUUCGGGAGUGGGAAGGCUAGGCCGGGUGAAAAUCCCAAAUUCCGGAACCCAAAAUACCUGUCGAUUCUCAAUCAUCUGAGGUUCUAUCUCCCUGAGAUAUUCCCGAAGCUUAACAAGGUGUUAUUUCUAGACGAUGAUACCGUGGUGCAGCAGGACCUAAGUGCGCUUUGGUCGAUAGAUCUCAAAGGCAAGGUCAAUGGUGCUGUUGAGACCUGUGGAGAGAGCUUCCACAGGUUUGAUAAAUACCUCAACUUCUCCAAUCCUCUAAUUGCCAGCAAUUUUAAUCCACACGCUUGCGGUUGGGCAUAUGGCAUGAACAUGUUUGAUUUGUCGGAGUGGAGAAAGCAAAACAUCACCGACGUCUACCACACCUGGCAGAACCUGAAUGAAGACAGGCUACUAUGGAAGCUAGGCAGCCUCCCUGCAGGCCUUGUGACGUUCUGGAACCGCACUUUCCCCCUCGAUCGCUCGUGGCAUCUAUUGGGGCUCGGGUACAACCCAAACGUCAACGAGAAGGAGAUCAGGCGGGCAUCCGUCAUUCACUACAAUGGGAACCUGAAACCCUGGCUUGAGAUCGGACUGUCGAAAUACCGAAAAUACUGGUCGCGGCAUGUCAAUUACGAUCAAGUGUUCAUACGGGAGUGCAAUAUAAACCCCUGAGUGGCAAACACGCUUCAUGUAUGGUUUCGUUAUUCUUUUUUCGCUUGCUAUAGGUUAAUUCUUUAUGCUCUAGGUUUUGUAAGAUAUCUAGAGCAUCUACUAUUGUUUUUCAGUGGUAAAGGUGCCCGUUCCUCCUAUGUA